AUGGUUUCUUCAGCUUGGGUAUGGGGCGUUGCAGCCUCAGCAGCCAUUGUUCACGCUGCAACCCUUGACGAUGUCUGUACAACUGCCUAUGUGAAGGCUGCUCUUCCAUUGGAUGUUCUCCCGGGAAUUACCAUCGAUUCUUCCUCCGUCGUCGUCAGUGCCACAAAGAAUUAUUCUUCGGCCAGUGCCGACUUCUUCGAAGCUGCAACUUUCGAUUACUGCGGUGUGCAAAUCGCCUAUUCGCACAAUGGCCUCGACGAUGAUCAGGUUCUGUUGAUGUUCUGGCUUCCAGCCCCGGACAAGUUUGAGAAUCGCUAUCUCUCCACUGGUGGUGGUGGUAUGGCCAUCAACAGUGGCAACUCGUCUUUGCCCGGUGGAGUCAUGUACGGUGCUGUUGCGGGAGCCACGGAUGGUGGGUUCGGAAGCUUCGACUUGGACGAAGAUGAUGUCUUCCUCUUGACCAAUGGAACCAUCAACUAUGAGGCACUUUAUAUGUUCGGAUAUAAGGCUCAUCAUGAAAUGUCUGUCAUUGGAAAGCAGUUCACUCGAAACUUCUUCGACAUGGCUGAGAGCACCAAGCUGUAUGCAUACUACCAGGCCUGCUCGGAAGGUGGUCGUGAAGGCUGGAGUCAAAUCCAGCGCUAUGACGACUGGGAUGGUGCCGUUGUGGGCGCUCCCGCUUUCCGAUAUGCUCACCAACAAGUCCAACAUCUCUGGUCCGACAUUGCUAUGAAGAAUCUCGAUUAUUACCCUCCUCAGUGUGAGCUGACAAAGAUCCUCAACUUGACCAUUGAAGCCUGUGACCCAUUGGAUGGACUUACCGAUGGUGUUGUUUCUCGAACUGAUCUUUGCAAGCUUCACUAUGAUCUUGACAAGGCCGUCGGUGAAUCUUACUACUGCGCUGCUUCUACAGGAGGAGGCUUUGGGGGCUUUAGAAAGAGGCAAGGAGUGACCACGCCUGCUCAGAGUGGAAAUGUCACAGCUAAGGGUGUCGCUCUCGCAAAGGCCAUUAUCGGCGGCAUGAAGGACAGUGAGGGGAAGCAAGUCUAUCUUUCUUACCAGCCAUCCGCGACUUGGUCUGAUGCUAGCACCACCUACGACGCGACCACCGACUCUUGGGAGUUGAGCGUUAGCGGUAUUGGUGCCGACUGGGUUGAGCGCUAUUUGGAUCUGAUCGAUAGCGAUUCAUUGUCACUGGAUAAUGUGACCGAGGAUACCCUCAAGAGCUGGAUCUAUGAAGGAUGGCAGCAGUACGAUAGUGUACUGCAGACAACCUGGCCUGAUCUGUCCACCUACCACGGUGCUGGCGGCAAGGUUCUCCACAUCCACGGAGAGUCCGACUACAGUGUUCCAACCGCAUCUUCGGUGCGCUACUGGGAAUCUGUCCGUAGCGUCAUGUACCCCAACCUAUCAUACACCGCCAGUGCUGCCGAGCUCAAUGAGUGGUAUCGAUUGUACCUGGUUCCUGGUGCUGGUCAUUGCGCACCGAGCACCGAUCAAACAAACGGCCCCUUCCCACAGACGACUCUUCAGGUCCUCAUCAACUGGGUUGAGAAAGGUGUCCAGCCAUCUACUCUCCCCGCCACUGUUCUGCAGGGCUCCGAGGAGGGCAAGAGCUGGGAGCUUUGUGCUUGGCCACUUCGUCCUCUGUGGACAAACAACGGGGCCAAGUUUGAGUGCGUUUAUGACCAAGCUUCGAUUGACACUUGGCACUGGGACUUGAAUGCAUGGGAUAUGCCUGUGUAUUAG